GCAGAUGCGCCGAGCCGUAUCUCGGGAAUGUCAGCCUCCUCGGCAAGCGGGGCAGCCUCAGCAACGCCUUCGGCGUCCGCCUCUGCAUCGGGUGGAGAGAUGAGCAGCAGUGAGCCCAGCACCCCGGCACAGACUCCACUUGCUGCCCCCGUCGUACCUGUGCCAACCACGCCACUCAACAUGCCGGUCGCCUCCCACGUCCUGUCCCCUAGCAAGGAGGAGGAGAGUCUGCGGCUACAGGUGAAGGACCUGGAUGAGAAGCUUGAGACGCUGAAGGUAAAGCGCAAUGAGGACAAGGCAAAGCUCAAGGAGCUGGAGAAAUAUAAAAUUCAGAUGGAACAGCUGCAAGAGUGGAAGAGCAGAAUGCAAGACCAGCAGGCUGAUCUACAGAAGCAGCUAAAGGAAGCGAAGCGGGAGGCCAAGGAGGUGAUUGAGGCAAAGGAGCGGUACAUGGAGGAGAUGGCCGAUGUGUCGGACGCAAUAGAAAUGGCCACGCUCGACAAGGAGAUGGCCGAAGAGAAGUCUGAAUCCCUACAGCAGGAAGUGGAGAACCUCAAGGAGAAGGUUGAGGAGCUCAGCAUGGACCUGGAGAUCCUCAAGCACGAGAUUGAGGAGAAAGGAAGUGAUGGGGCAGCUUCAAGUUAUCAUGUUAAACAACUGGAAGAGCAAAAUGCCAGGCUUAAAGAGGCCCUGGUCAGGAUGCGUGACCUCUCUACAUCAGAGAAGCAGGAGUACCUAAAACAGCAGAAGCAUAUGGAGAAGAAGAACUCGGAGCUGGACACUCUGCGUGCACAGAAAGAGAAGCUGCAGGCUGAGCUGCAGCAGGCAGAGGGCAUCAUUGAUGAGCUGAAGGAGCAGGUUGAUGCAGCUCUCGGGGCUGAAGACAUGGUGGAAACCCUGACGGAGCGAAACCUGAAUCUGGAGGAGAAAGUUCGAGAGCUGAUGGAAAAUGUUAACGAUUUGGAGGCCAUCAACGACAUGAACGACGAGCUGCAGGAAAAUUGCCGGGAAACAGAACUGGAACUGCGGGAGCAGCUCGAUAUGGCAAAUGCUCGUGUGCGGGAGGCAGAGAAGCGUGUGGAUGCAGCGCAAGAGAUGGUGGCAGACUAUCAGCAAACCAUGCAGAAGUACAGGCAGCUUACCGCGCACUUGGAGGACGUGAACCGCGAGUUGAUGAGUCAACAGGAAGCAUCUGCGGAGAGAGAGCAGACGUCCCCUCCAGAGAUGUUUGAUUUCAAAAUCAAGUUUGCAGAGACCAAAGCUCAUGCUAAGGCCAUCGACAUGGACCUGAGAAAGAUGGAGGUGCAGCAGGCCAACCGGCACGUGUCCCUCAUGACGUCAUUCAUGCCAGACUCCUUCCUGCGUCGUGGCGGGGACCACGACUGCCUGCUCGUGCUGCUACUUGUUCCCAGGCUCAUCUGCAAAGCCGAGUUGAUCAGUAAGCAAGCGCAAGAGAAGUACGAGCUGAAUGAAGAGGCGAUGAAGUCUGCAAAUCUGCGUGGGGCACAGGGCGAGCAGCUGAGCUUUACGGGUGGUCUCGUCUACUCGCUCAGCCUUCUGCAGACCAUCCUGCACAAAUACGAAACGGCAUUGAGCCAGUGCAGCGUGGAGACGUACGUGAAGGUCGGAAGCCUGUACCCGGAGAUGAGUGUCCACGAGCGCUCGCUUGACUUCCUCAUUGAGCUGCUGCGUAAUGAUCGUCUGGAUGAAACUGUUAAUGUGGAGCCUCUCACCAAGGCGAUCAAAUACUACCAACAUCUGUACAGCAUUCAUCUUUCUGAGAAAGCAGAGGAUUGUACGAUUCAGCUUGCCGACCACAUUAGGGUGUCACAGAGUGCCCUGGACUGCAUGGCAGUGGAGGUUGGCAGGUUAAGGUCAUUCUUGCAGACUGGCCAAGAAGGAAGUACAUUUGCAUUGCUUCUGAAAGACCUGGAGACCUCCACCAGUGAUGUGCGGCAAUUCUGUAAGAAGGUCCGCCGCCGCAUGCCAGGGACAGAUGCCCCAGGAAUCCCAACUGCACUCUCUUAUGGAACACAGGUCGCCGAGGGAUUGCUGGAUUGUCGUAAGCACCUGAGCUGGGUGGUGGCUUCGCUACAGGAGAUUGCAGCUGUUUCUGCACAGAUGAUUGCUCCACUCACAGAGAAUGAGGGCUUAAAUUCAGCCAGGCUGGAAGAGCUGGCCUUCAAGGCUUCAGAGCAGAUAUAUGCAGGGCAGAACUUGAGUCCAUAUGAGUGCAUACGUCUCUGUAACGUGGUGAUUGUCACCAUGAACAAGAUGGCGACAGCCAUGCAGGAGGGGGAGUACGAUGCUGAAAAACAUCAGAACAAGCCUGCAAAUCCUGUGGAACUCAGAGCUGUUGCCCUUAAGGCAGAGAUAAUGGGCGAAGGCCUGGGCCUUAAACUUGAGGACAGGGAAACUGUCAUCAAAGAGCUGAAGAAAUCCCUAAAGAUCAAGGGAGAGGAACUGAGUGAAGCCAAUGUGCGCCUGAGUCUUUUGGAGAAGAAGCUGGACAGUGCGUCGAAGGAUGCUGAUGAGAGGGUCGAGAAGAUCCAGACCAAACUGGACGAUAUCACUGCUCUCCUUAAGAAAAAAGAAAAGGAGUUUGAGGAAACAAUGGAUGCCCUGCAAGCUGACAUUGACCAGCUGGAAUCCGAAAAGGUGGAGCUGAAACAGAGGCUCGCCAACAUGCCUCGGCGCUCCGUGGAGGGACUGCGUGGUGCUCAGACAUCAGGGAUCGCCUCUAUUGUUACUGGCAUAGCCACAGGUGCUUCCCCAACACAAGGUAUGGGAGGUGGUUCAGGGCCUGUGCAAGUCAAGGAUUCUCCUCUCCUUCUGCAUCAAAUUGAGGCCCUUAAAAUGGCACUCAAACACCUAAAGAAUGAAAACAAUCGCCUUAAGGCUGAGAAGAUGAAAUCGGACCUGGCAUCACUGCCUCCCUUGCGCAUCCCGAAGAUAACAGUUCCCUCCCAGGCUGGGGAGGAAGGUAUGGUCGCUGACCCGACACUGGCCCUCAACAGGAAGACAAACCAGCUGCUCGAGUCACUGCAGCACAUGUGUGUCACUGCUCGUGUGGUGGACAUUUCACACCGAAAGCCAGCAAGUCCAGCUAAUCAGUUGCUAGAGCAGACAGCCCGGCUGAAGCAGAUGAGUGACAAUGUGGAAAGACUGAAGGAUGAGGUACGGCGGAUGGUCAUUUCCCCACCUGGUGCACAGAUUAAAUCUGACCUCACCACUUUCCCCUCUCCAGCCUUCUCCAAGGCAAAUGCGGAGAUGCAGGGAGAUGCAGUAUACCUUGGCAAGGUGACCAUCCCAUGCCCUCCUGGUCAGGGCAGAAUUCACAAGCUUACUCUGCUUCCCAGCCAACUGCAACAGCUCCACACACGCCUCAUCUCCUAG